AUGGAGAAAGUUGUUGCUCGGGAGAAGCAGGUUUUGGAAAGAGAGGAGAUACUUAGUGAGAAUUGGAGGACAGGCAAACCUUCUACUUGGUCGAAGUGAUGGAAGUUUACAGGCAGAGAAGCUUAUUUUGAGAGAUUGUCGAUCAGGAAAUUAAUACUGAUGUAUCUUCCACCAGAGAUGAGGUGGGAGAAAUGGGUGAAGAAGUACUCAAGAGUGGAGUUUCAGUCAGGUAUCGAUCAUUAUUCUUAUACUUUUAUGAAUAAUCCUCCGAAUCCUAGAGUGCAAAUACUGCAAAUAUCUAAUUCUGUGUAUGAUACUCUCCCUUUAUCUCCAUUAGUACCAGCAAGGAUGAAAAAUUUCUGAAAUCGGAAAACUUCAUGAAAUUUGCUAAACUUCAAGAUAAGUGAAAGGAUAUUAAUCAAAACAUUCUUCGCUCUCCAUUCGUCUACUCAGAUCACCUUUGAAAAAUGCACUCUCCAGCCCAUUACAAAAUUUCCAAAAACCCAAUGUAGAAUCUUUCAUGUAAAAUUGGUUUUCCUUUCAAAUACUUCUCCAAGCGGGGCUGACUUCAGUGCUGAAAGCUCAGGCUUCAGAUCUGUGCUAGAGAUGAUCAGUGCGACUAAUCUUAAAGGGAAUAUAGACUGGCUGACCAUUGUUCCUUGAAGGGACAGAGAGAGGUUGAAGGAGGUGGUACUGGAGCUUGAACUGGAGGGGAUAAAGAUUGAGUGUGCAGAGGAGGGAGAGAGAUUGGAGAAGUUAGAGAUUUAGGUGUGAAGUAUGACGAGGAAGGAAUAUUGGGAGAUUGUAGAGCCUGAAUGCCAUGAAAUUAAGACAAUAAUUCCAUUAAUAAC